GACUUUGGUCUCACAUGUUGAAUACGUGUACAACGGGGCGACAGAACUGUCUAUGGUUUAUAGGUUGGACCGUCACAAUUCUGCCGUUCGGCUGCGAAUUUGUUAAGACUACCUGAAGUUCACAGGACGCCUGACGCCUUAUCGUGUGGGGGGUGACAUUGGUGUCGCUAGUUUAGUGUUUAAGAGUGUGGUCUGGCGCUCACAUACUCGUGAGACUUCAGGGACUCGCCAAACUGCUUACCAAUAUGUUUUAUCUUCCGCAAGGCACAGUAGUUUUGCAGCGACAGGCAACGUGUGUUUCAGUACUUUCUUCAGUGUGUCAGUAAAACAACAAGGCUUUGCGUUUUAUCCUACACUGGAACGCCGGGACACAUCGACACAACUUGUGUCGUAGGAUGUGAAGCCUGUUUAAGAUCGUCAGUGUCCUUGAGCCUAGAGAAUGACUCUUGAGUCACCCAUCUAGGCAUUGGCCAGUUAUAACAGUGCUUAACCUGACGGAGCGAGUAAUACAUCACCCACACUCCCUCAUCAACGCCUACAACAGCAAUUAAACACUAUGAAAAAAAAAAUUAAUUUAAGUUUUGACAUAGAAAGUUAAAAACUCAAUAAGUCAAUACAAGAGUACCAGUUUGCAGGCUGGAUAGUGUGAAUAUGAAAACCAUUCUGGGCUAUAUUCAAGAAAUUUAUCCCGUAACUUAGUGCACUAUGUUGGUUGUUAUGGAAUCAAUAAUUAAGAGUAACACGAGAAAGACUCUUGUUAUGAUUUUAGGAUCAUUGUGGAUUCUAACAAUCAUUGUUCUCUGCUAUUGUGGAUGUCACAUGCAGCUAUUAUCCCUGGAAAAUGAUUCGACUAAUUCUCAAAUCCUUAAACGUUUUGGCAAAACUCACAAGAACAGUUCGAAGAAUGGAAGUUCUGCAGACAUUAAAUUUGUAUGUUAUUAUGCAAUCCCUAACAAUAGAAGUACUGAGGCGCUUCUGACCAUAGAUGAUGUUGAUCCAACUCUUUGCACACACAUUAUUGCAUCUAAGGCCAUUAUUGAAAACACCACCAUUGUCCCAGAAAAUGCAGGAGAUUUAAAGCUAUAUGCUGAGGUAGUGGCUCUGAAGAAGCAAAAUCCAGAGCUGAAGGUGAUCUUGAGUCUUGGUAGCGGCUUCUCUCCUCUUGUUCAAGACCGUAUGGCAGUUGCCAUGUUUGCGUACAAUGCUCAUAAAUUUCUAAUUACCCAUGGAUUUGAUGGUCUUGAUCUGGACUGGGAGUUCCCUGCAUGGCCACCUGGGAAGAAGCUACCAAAAGAGAAGACUUGGUUCACAUACCUCCUCCUUCAACUUAACAGUGCUCUCAAGCUAGCGUCCCAUCCCCCACUCUUGCUGACUGUGACUGUUGGAGCAACUCAGAGUGUCAUAGAUAACUCAUACGAGAUUGACCAGCUUGCUAAGUGUGUUGACUUUGUGUCAUUCAUGGGAUACAACUAUCACACGUUCAAGCCAUACUUGCCCUUCACAGGCCAUAACUCUCCACUUAACAAGUCCAGUAAUGAAGAAGGCUAUUUUUCUACCCUCAACAUCCAGUGGGACACUAUCUAUUUGAUGAAAAAAGGAAUACCAAAAGAGAAACUUGUUAUAGGGAUACCUACAUUUGGACGUACAUGGAAGUUACUUGAAAGUAAAUGGUAUGGUGUUGGGUCUCCUGCAGUUGCUGAAGGCAUGCUGGAGGGAAAAAUUACAUACCUUGAAGCUUGUAUCUUUGUGAAGGAAGGAGCUACACGCUACUUUGAUAAUGAGAGCAAAGUUCCUUAUGCCGUGAGAGACAGAGACUGGGUAUCCUAUGAAGAUGUUGCUAGCAUAAAAAAUAAGGUACAAUGGAUCCUUGAUACUGGUUUUGCUGGAGUGAUGACCUGGACUCUAAACAGUGACGACUGGGCAGGGAUGUGUGCCAAACAAAAAUUUGAACUACACUUAACCAUCAAAAAUAUGCUCAAUCAGCAAUUGCUGAAGAAUUAAGGAUCUAAAGUUUUUAUAACUUUUCCUUGGUGCUUAUAAUGUUUAAUGUAUGACAGAAAAAUGGGCACAUGACCUUUUAUACUAUGGUUUCUAGUCUAUUACAUUACCCGGUAAUUUGUUUGCUUUACGUAUACAUUAUUAUGUAUUUUUACAUACUUAUCACCAUAUUAUCUAUAAAUACAUUUUAUCAAUAUUA